GCAAACCAUGAGAAACGGUUGCAAGGAGUCCGGGCCAAAGCCAUCUCCGUUUCAGAUGAUAUUGGUGGGGAUGAAACAGAUGACUACGCUGAGAUCAUUGACGAAGAGGACACAUACACCAUGCCUUCCAGCACUACAGAAUAUUAUGGACUAGAUGAAGCCAGGGACUAUGAGAUCCAAAGAGACCGAAUUGAGCUGGGACGCUGUAUAGGUGAAGGCCAGUUUGGAGACGUCCACCAAGGGAUUUACAUAUGUCCGGAGAACCCAGCUCUUUCUGUGGCGAUAAAGACGUGUAAGAAUUGCACCUCGGACAGUGUUCGAGAGAAGUUUCUCCAGGAGGCCUUGACCAUGCGACAGUUCGAUCAUCCGCAUAUUGUAAAGCUGAUUGGCGUCAUUACAGAAAACCCAGUAUGGAUCAUCAUGGAGCUUUGCACUCUGGGAGAGUUGCGUUCCUUUCUUCAGAUUAGGAAGUACAGUCUGGAUUUAGCAUCACUCAUCCUGUUUUCUUACCAGCUCAGCACAGCUCUUGCAUACCUGGAGAGUAAACGCUUUGUACACAGGGACAUUGCGGCACGGAACGUUCUGGUGUCCUCAGUGGACUGUGUGAAGCUAGGAGACUUUGGUUUGUCAAGAUACAUGGAGGACAGCUCUUACUAUAAAGCCUCUAAAGGAAAACUACCUAUUAAAUGGAUGGCGCCAGAGUCAAUAAACUUCAGACGUUUUACCUCAGCCAGCGACGUGUGGAUGUUUGGGGUGUGUAUGUGGGAGAUACUAAUGUAUGGAGUGAAGCCAUUUCAAGGCGUGAAGAAUAACGAUGUGAUAGGCCGGAUUGAGAACGGCGAGCGUCUGGCAAUGCCGCCCAACUGCCCACCAACCCUCUACAGCCUGAUGACCAAGUGCUGGGCGUACGACCCCAGCAAGCGACCACGAUUCACCGAGCUCAAAGGCCAACUUAGUACAAUCCUUGCGGAGGAGAAGGCUCAGCAGGAGGAGCGCAGCCGUAUGGAGAUGAGGAGACAGGUCCCCGUAUCCUGGGACUCAGGAGGCUCAGACGAAGCACCACCCAAAGGGCCCAGAAGGACUCCCUCUGUCCCCCCCAGUGCCACCCAGCCUGCUUUCUUCGACCCCUACUAUCCCUCCAUGCAACAGCUGAGCCUGACCCACGUGCCCUGCAGAUUCUCACAGGCAGGUGUGCUAGGACUGUUAGCGGGGCAUCCCAAGAGUUUUACUGUUGCCUCUUCAUUUACACAGCUGUGGUCAGUCGACUCUCUCUAUGAACGUGUUUUAAAGCCCAGUCGACCUGGUUAUCCAAGUCCCCGUUCCAGUGAAGGGUUCUACCCCAGUCCUCAGCACAUGGGCCAGCACAAUCAUUACCAGAUGGCAGGGCACUCUGGCCCACACGGCUUGCUUCCUGUGCCAGGUGGAAUGUACCCUCCCCAGGCUGCAGGGACUGGGCUUGAUCCCCAUGACAGCUGGAACCAUCGCAGGGCUGCUCAGGAUCACAUGUGGAAUCCCAGCAUGGAGGAUGGUGUGGCUGUGCGCGGUGGUCUGUCUCAGCUGAUGGAGGAGCAGUUAUUACUGCAGCAGCAGCAGAUGGAGGACGAUCAGCGCUGGUUGGAGCAGGAGGAGAGACUACUGAAGCCUGAUGGGAGAAGUUCCAGAGGCAGCAUUGACCGUGAUGAUGGAAGCCUCCAGGGACCAACUGGAAAUCAACACAUCUACCAACCUAUAGGGAAAGCAGAACACACAGCUCCUCCUAAAAAGCCUCCUCGGCCCGGAGCUCCCAGCCACCCAGCGGGAGUCUCCUGCCUCAACCCUACAGACAGCUACAAUGAAGGCGUGAAGCCCUGGAGGAUUCAGCCUCAGGAGAUCAACCCGCCCCCAACAGCUAACUUAGAUCGCUCCAACGACAAGGUCUAUGAAAAUGUGACCGGGCUGGUAAAGGCUGUGAUUGAGAUGUCCAGUAAAAUCCAGCCAGCUCCACCUGAAGAAUACGUGCCCAUGGUGAAGGAAGUGGGAUUAGCACUGAGAACACUGCUGGCCACUGUGGAUGAGACUAUACCUUUACUACCAGCUCACACACACAGAGAGAUCGAAAUGGCUCAAAAGCUUCUAAAUUCAGACCUGGCUGAGCUGAUCAAUAAGAUGAAGUUGGCCCAGCAGUACGUCAUGACCAGCCUGCAGCAGGACUAUAAGAAACAGAUGCUAACAGCUGCACACGCACUCGCAGUAGAUGCCAAGAACCUGCUGGAUGUGAUUGACCAGGCCAGGCUGAAGAUGUUGGGCCAGGCACGACCGCAUUAGCCCCUGCUAGAGGACACGACGACGCACGUGACGCCCUGGAAAACCACACCAGCACAGACUUGUACACUUAUAGAGCCUCAUGGGCGCCUUCACUACUCACUGACCCUCACGUUUAAGCUGCACGGUAGACCACAGGCGCCGUGAGGAGGGCUCUGGAUUUAUUUAAGGGAUGAUCUGGACCGGACCAGACUCGUCACGACUGGAUCACUUGGAACAUAGUGAGCCAAUGACUGGACGCUGAGAGGGCGAUUCUGACCUCCGCUAUGAGUUUUAAAUGUCUCUGGGGGAAAAGAGACACUCUUACACUGUAUUUAAUUUGUCUGUGUUUCAUUGACAAGCCCAAGCUCCUGCUCCACAGCCAGACCACAUAAACUUAGAUCCCCCUCGGCUUGGGUCGUGGCUCUAGAAUCAUAGAAGUUGAGACAGUUUUGCACAGUAGAAUACGAGUUGAGACUGGAUUAAAAAAACUCUGGGUUUGCUUGGCGGACUCCCCACGCUUCUCCCUAGGACUAAGAGGGACAGCGUUGUAUAUUUGGGCCUUGUGCCACCUAGAGGUAAAAUAAAGCUAUGACUGAAUUAAAAAAUGA